UGUGGGAGUCGAGUUGCGGUUUCUUUCGUUUUUCUUUCGGUUUAUCAGCAACCCAACAGAGCAGGAAAUGCGUAUUGCUUCAUUUGGGAUGAUUUACAGUUAAAUGGACUUGUUUUUGUUGCAUUGAUUUAUGAUAUGUUUUGGGGGUGGAUUCUACAUGUUUGUGAUUUUGGAAUCUAGGUUUUUAUACAAACAAUCUUUAGACGUCCGGAAGAAAUUUGGGAAUUUUGUAAUCUCAUCUUGAUAGAUCAAGAAAUAAUGCUAUUGCUAAUAUUUUAAUGUCUAAUUCCAGUUGGUGAGCUAUUUGUAGUUAUCGUGAAAUGAUUCAAGCACAAUUUAUUUCCUUGGAAAUUGUGCUUAAACUGCCAAAUCCACUUAACUGCUUAAACUUUAUGUAACCUUAGUUAUCAAAAAACAGUUGCUUGGGUUUGGUAGUGUAUAACCGAGCUAUCACUAAUUUCCUGAGGAUUACUUGCUCAAAAACCAACUGGGUAGCUUCUGAGUAUGAAUAUAGACCAAAUCGAAGCAGAAGAAUCUAUAAAAAAAAUAUUCUUGGAUGCUUUACUGUUGAAAGAUAUACGCUUGUUUGUCAACCAUCGACUUCAUAAAAAGGGCUUAUUUUCUCUCUUGGAACCCGAUUCAAUUUUUCUUACUAAUGAACCAGCCGCCUUGUGUGAUAACCCUACCGAAAGGUCUGUCAUUCCUCUUUCUUUCUCCAAAUUGUAGCAUAUUGUUGUGGCAUUAGUUAGCUAAGUUACAUAUGCAUAGAAUUAAUCCUCGUUUGUGAACUGGCCAACUUGAUCAAGCAUCCCAUUUCUUAAUUUUCCUUGUUUUCAGUUGUCUUGUUAGCACUGAUAUCCCUGACAAACAUAUUGGAAACAAGUGAUCUGAAUCUGCAUGGUUUUCAUCAUUAGAAUAUGGUCCGUCUAAAAUCUUUCUGUAUUUCAGUAGCCUUUCUAUAGUUAAAAGGCUGCUCUCAAAUUUUCAUCCUAAAAUUGAGUCCAUGCCUCAGGAUAGCUUUCAAGGCCAAAACCAAACAAGUCAUAGAUACUGAAGGCUUUUUGGUUCUUAUAUCAUCUCAAGUAUCCCCUGAUUUUGAAAUUUUGAACUUGACAGAGGUGAAACUUUUGCUAGUUUCAGUUGAGAAGGAAUUGCAUGCUUGAGCUCUUUGACGUCCUCCUUGAAGGGUUUUUGAAGGAUCAUAUUUCCAAGGAAAAUAGAAGAAUCUUACGGGACCUACUCUGCUGUUUUGUUUUUGCAAGUUUUGAUCUUUCAUGGAGCACAAAUCAGAUGAAACUUCGCAUGAUAAGAAUGAGAACCUAAUGGGGAGUGAAGUAUUGAACUCCAAUCGGCACGAGAUAGAUGGAAAAGAUGUUCUAAGUCCAGUUUUAAGUCCUCCUGGACAUCAUGUACAAGUUAACAUGGCUGAUCAGAAAGUUGAAGAAAAUGUGCUUAAAGAUCCACCUUCUGAAGAUAUGUGGGCUUAUGGGGAAGUUAACAUGGAAGCCUCCAUUUCAACCGAUGAUGUUAUACGGGCUGGUGGCUUUGGAGCUAGAGAUGAUAUAAGUAGCUUUCUUCCUGUUGCUAGUGAUUCUACCGACUUUGAAGCUACUAUCCGUGAUGCUCGAGACUAUGAAGAACCGCAGGGGAAGAUAUGCAGACCAGGUCUUGGCUGGACGGAAGCUACAGAAGCAGAAUAGUUUAGUUGUUACCAGAAUGUGCGAGUUGUUGCACUUAAAGUUUCUCAUAGUACCUGUGCUUGUAUGAAUUCAAGGUAUGCUCACCUGUUAGUUCAUGACCUAGGUUUAUUUUAUGGAUCAAAUACAUCUUUUUGUCAGCUUAAACUGUUAUUUUCAUGGGGGAGAUGUCAUCUGAUCUUGUAUGUGGAACCAAUUGAACGUUGUUUUACAUAUCGUUCUGUUUAAUAUGCUUAAAGUCUUCCUUUGCAGGCUGCUGCCUUGCACCUA